AUGGAAGCUAAACUCAAGCAGGAGUUGGGGACUUCAGUUCUCAAGUCAACUGGGCAUUCAGGAGGCGGCUGUAUCAGCGAGGGCCAAAGUUACGAUACAGACAGCGGCAGAAUAUUCGUAAAAAUAAAUCAUAAAAGCGAGGCCAAAUUGAUGUUUGAUGGUGAGCUGGCUAGUCUUCAAGCCAUUUUAAAGACAUCAACCAUAAAGGCUCCUCAGCCCGUGAAGGUAAUCGAGCUCGAUAGGGGAUGUGUUAUUGUGAUGGAACAUCUGAACAUGAAAGGGCUCAAUAAGCACUCACAGCGUCUUGGAGAAGAACUGGCAGACAUGCAUCUUUCUAACAAGAGGCUCCUGGAAAAACUAAACAAAGAUGAACAAACAAUUGGGAAAGGUGCAGGACAGAUGGAUACAGAUGCUGUUGUGAAAUUUGGAUUUGAUGUUCCUACGUGCUGUGGAUACCUACCACAAGUUAAUGAAUGGCAGGAGGACUGGGUGACAUUUUUCAGCAGACAGCGGCUCGAGCAUCAGCUAAAUUUAAUUGAAAAGUCAUAUGGAGACAGAGAGUCUAGGGAACUAUGGUCAACCUUACAUCUCAAGGUUCCUCGGUUCUUCAAAGAUGUAGAAAUUGUUCCUGCUUUGGUUCAUGGAGACCUUUGGAGUGGCAAUGUGGCAGAAUGUUCGGAGGGUCCUGUUAUCUUUGACCCGGCUUCCUUUUAUGGUCAUUCUGAGUAUGAAUUGGGAAUUGCAGGGAUGUUUGGAGGCUUUGUUGAAAUAGCGAUGGAGCGGUUUACUGUAAUAAUGGACAGAUAUCAGGAACAGCCACACCUGCUUGACCCACAUCUUGACUGGAUGGUGAAUUUGCUGCUGGAGUUGAUACGGAGCGAAAAAUCCCCACCAUCAUUAGUGCAUUUAUCCUUCAAGUUUCUCUAUAGAAUCUGCAAGGUACGUGGCUACAAAGUCUUCAUGCAUCUGUUUCCUCAUGAGGUUGCUGAUGUUCAACCAGUUUUGGACCUUCUAACAAGACAAGAUCCUGAAGACCUUGAGACCUGGGAAACCCGUUACAUGUUGCUGUUGUGGCUCUCGAUGACCUGCCUUAUACCCUUUGAUCUGUUUCGGCUGGAUGGGCAUCUAGAGCGUGAUGGUGGACAAGCCAGAGAGUCUACCAUGGAUCGUAUUCUUGCUAUUGCAAAAGCAUAUCUUGUUGUAAAUGAUUCUCCUAGACAUGCUGCACCGGUACUAGUGUCAAAGUUUAUGACACGCCCAGAUGUGAAGCAGAAGUGUCUUGGAGGUUUCUUAGAUUGGAGCUUUUCCACUCUUUCUCAAGCCAAUGAUCAGGUUUUGGCUGACAUAAGGGUUCUGGAUGGAAUUCUACAGUCUCUGGCCAAACUCUUUAAGCAUGGAAAACGCGAUGAUCUCCUUCCAUAUGCUUCUACAGUGCUGCAGUGUCUUGAGAAGAAACACUUGUCUGAAAGCAGCCAAGCCAUGCUGCGGAAACUCGAAGUCAAACUAACUCAGCGGCUUGGCCUCACUUUUCUCAAGCCACGUUUGGCUUCUUGGAGGUAUCAGAGAGGGUGCCGUUCUCUUGCUGCAAACCUGUCCAUUUCUCAGUCAAAUACUGUCCCAGUUGAUUCUAAUGCUGAGACCCAAGAGCAGGAAGAGGACUAUGAUAUUCCAGAGGAGGUGGAGACUGUGAUUGAGCAUCUUCUUGGAGGAUUGAAGGAUAAGGAAACGAUUGUGCGCUGGUCUGCAGCUAAGGGUAUUGGGCGUGUGACUGGGAGGCUUCCCAGAGAGCUGGCAGAUGAGGUUGUUGGAUCAGUUCUAGACUGUUUCAGCUUUCAGGAAACGGAUAAUGCUUGGCAUGGUGGGUGUUUGGCCCUGGCAGAACUAGGAAGGAGAGGGCUCCUGCUUCCGUCCAGAUUGAAUGAUGUUGUGCCACUGAUCAUCAAGUCUCUAACCUAUGAGGAGAAGCGCGGAGCUUGCAGUGUCGGCGCCAAUGUGCGAGAUGCUGCCUGUUACGUGUGUUGGUCUUUUGCUCGAGCCUACGAACCCAAGGAGCUCACGCCUUUUGUUAUGCAGAUAGCAAGUGCUCUGGUAAUCACAGCUGUGUUUGAUCGAGAGGUCAACUGUCGCCGGGCUGCGUCUGCUGCCUUCCAGGAGAAUGUUGGCCGGCAGGGCACCUUCCCUCAUGGCAUUGAUAUAUUAACAGCCGCAGACUACUUUGCUGUUGGCAAUCUCACCAAAUGUUAUCUGAACAUAAGUGUUUAUGUAGCAAGUUUCCCAGAGUACACAAAGGCGUUGAUUGACCAUUUGAUGGAAGUGAAGAUUAAUCAUUGGGAUAGCGUAAUCAGAGACCUUUCCACUAAAGCGCUUCACAAUAUAACACCACAAGCUCCUGAUUAUAUGGGCUCCACAGUUCUUCCUCAGCUCUUGCCGAAGGCUGUGGGCCUUGAUCUCCACAGUCGCCAUGGAGCCAUCUUGGCCUGUGCAGAAAUCACACAUGCUCUCUACAAGCUACGCCUUCAAAAAGACCAAGGGACGGUUGACAUCAUUUCCUCAGAAUGUGUCGAAGGCUUGAAAAACAUACAUCAGAGGCUACAUGACAAAAAGCAAUACAGAGGUUACGGGGGAGAGUUGAUGAGGCCGGCAAUGUGUCACCUGAUUGAAAAGCUUUCCCUUUCCAAAAUGCCUUUUAAGGAAGACCCUGUCAUUGGUGGAUGGCAGUGGUUAAUUGAUGACACAAUAAAAAGUCUUCACCUUGUGUCCAGUGGAGCAUUAGAUAACAUUAUGACAGCUGUUGUCUCUGCAUUGACUGCAUUAUGUGAGGAGUACUACCAGACUGACCCAGGCCAAGCGAACACUGAAAUGCAAAAUGUUUUGAUAUGUCAGUACAUCGACGGCCUCCAGAACCCACAGAUGUUCACACGCUGUGGAUCUGCCCUGGCACUUGGUGCUUUGCCCACAUUUUUUAUCCAUGGAAAUCUCAAACCGAUCCUUGAAGGUCUCCAACAGAUGUGUGUGAAGAGCCAGGAAGAAGGAAACUUUACUGAAGCAAGGAGAGAUGCCAUCAAAGCGAUUACUCAGGUGUGUGUGAAGGCAGGGGUCCGUACGGAUGGAUAUCCAGAUUCUGUUCUUUGCUCUCAAAACCUGUCGGAGGUGUAUGAAACGCUGCUGAAUUGCAUGAACGACUACACCACUGACAGUCGUGGAGACGUGGGCUCCUGGGUGAGAGAGGCAGCAAUGACAAGUUUGCGGGAUAUAACAAUAUUGGUGUCUGAAAGUGCACCAGAAAUCCUCGCCCCAAAUUUGGUUGGGCGUAUGAUGUGCUGUUUGGCACAACAGGCUGCAGAGAAGAUUGACCGCUACAGAGCCCACGCUGGGAACAUCUUCCUUCAGCUCAUCCACAGCAAAGAUCCUGCAAUACCACACAUUCCCCACCGGCAGGAGCUGUUGGUCAUUUUCCCCUUAGAGGCCAUAACCACUCUAAACUGGAACGCCCCAUCGCAGGCCUACCAGUACAUCACGCAGCUGCUGGGCCUGAGUCACUAUCAGUACCACACCCUGCUGGGUCUCACCGUGUCCGUGGGUGGGAUCACAGAGUCCACAGUGCAGCACUCGUCCCAGUCUCUGUUUGCUUUUCUGAAACACAUUCAAAAUGACUACACUGCUCUCUCACAAUUUGGAGAUUCUCUUUUGAGUAUUUUCAGAGAGAAUCUUCGUAAUGCCAGAGUAUCAAUUCCCUUCCUGAAGAUGCUAAACCAGAUGCUUUCAAACAACUGCUUUGAAAUAUUCACCACACAAGAGAAUCACCCAUUCUGUGUGGAGGUUUUGGCCCUUUGUAAAGAAAGCAAGAAAACUAAGCUUAUCCCCAAGUUGCGCGCAUGUAUCGCAGUGUUUUGUGGCUUGAUCCAGUUCCCAGGUGAUGUGAGAAGCAAUAUCUUAACCCAGCUGCUGAUCUUACUCUGCCAUACCUUCCCGGCGAUCAGAAAGGCCACAGCCGCGCAAAUGUACGAGAUGCUGCUGACCUACGAUGAAGUCAUUGACGCGGAAAUACUGGACGAUGUCAUGACUUUGCUGAGUGAUGCUAACUGGGAGAGUGAUGUUGCAACUGUGCGAAACCACAGGAAUCAGAUUUGUGAUUGGCUGGGACUCCCACGGCCACAAGUGAAAGCAAAGAGUCCUGACACCUGA